GAUAGACGCCCAUGGCUACCACCUAUGCGCCGUCGACAAGCUCUCAUUGUCAAUCAUCCAAGCUGCGUAUUGUGUUCAAUCUCUGUAACGUACCAGGAACCUUGAACACGGGUACUUGUGGGCCUCUUGAAGUUUCCGGGGAUACAACGUCACCAUCGACUACCCUAGCUGCCAUACUCGCCCAUACAUCCACGCGAGAGUGAUCCACCAUGCAGCAGUCUUCUCUUCGGCAGCGUAGGCCCUCGGAGGCACAGAAACUGCAGAAGGCACCCAGCAAGAGGAUAGGACAGGGCCUCCGAGAUGCUGGGCGCAGAGCAACGCGGGUCGACGAGAAGAUGAAGCGGCGUAUGUCUGCGCGGUUCGCAGAGAUCUCCUCCCCCACAGAUGCCCUGGUUCCCGACGUCCCUAGCCUCCCAAUUAGCUCUGCAACUUCUCAAAGCGGGCUCUCGCAGAAGGGGAGUGCGCUUCCGGCCAUGGCACAGCGGGAGGACCCAUGGGCGGCAGACCUGCGGUUGCUGGACGUCGAUGAGUUCGACCCGGAUAGAUACCUGAAGACGAAGAUGGCAAACUCGACUGAGGCUGAGCUGAAGGCUCUGCAGUCUUCGCUACGAGCACAGCAAGACGGCGUUCGCAAGGACCUCCAGCAGGAUGUAUUCCAGAAUUACACUCAGUUUGUCCAGAUCUCGAAAGAAGUCGGCGUAAUCGAGAACGAGAUGCUGGAGUUCAAGGAAUGCCUAUCAGAGUGGAAGAACAUGCCCUCCCUCCUUCAUGUGGACGAAACUGCUUCAGCAGCAGAGCGUCGCCGCAACGUUAGAUCUUCGAUUGCGGACCUGCGUGUUCUCUAUGCCAACCAAAUGCAGACGCUCCAUCAACAGAUCGAAGGCUCGAGCAAGUUCGUACCGACAACACCGGGUCGACAUGUCGUAUCCGAGAUGAACAAUAUACUCGCUCUGAACGCAGCGACCUACAAGGUCGAUCAUCCGGUUCGCUUCGUCAUUCUCGACGAUGCAGUGCUCGUUGCGCGGAUCCGAAGGAGAAGGAACAAUGGCGAGAACGACAGGCUUGUGGCAGAGCGGUGCUGGCCCUUGAACGAAAUGCUCGUGUUGGACACCAAAGACACUGCUACCAUGUCGAAUGUCUUCAAAAUCCGGCACGGGAAAGAGACCCAUGUAUACCGCACGGAGGCGACGGGUGACAAGAAACAACUCCUCCUCCAGUUCCGCCAAGUCGCCGAAGAGCUUUCCGCCAAACGCCGUAAAGAGCGCGAAGCUGAGCAUGGCCGGAGGAAGAGUCUGUACAUGGCUGACCGGUCUUCAAUGGCAUUCAACGUCGAGGCGAUGCCACCUAUACCGACGUGGAUGGCUGACUUGGUUGGUCAGACGGAAUUGGGUUCCACGGCGAAGGAGAAAGCCGAGCGUGACGCACGAUGGAUGGCCGACUUCUGCGACGAGCUCACCGUCUCGAUCGCGCUCCGAGAGUGGGACAAGGCCGUCGAGCUGGUGGGGAAAGGAGAUGCGCACCUGCAAGAAAUUCCCAGUCUAGCAGCGAAGCUCACGCCGCUGAGAGGCCAGCUUACUGCCGCGCUGCUACAGGCACUCGCUCAGCCGACGAACCGCAAGUCUGCAGUGACAAAGCUUAUUGCGCUGUUGGUCCGCCUGAAAGCCGGACCUGCAGCCCGUCACGCCUUCCUCCAGUCGCGAGAAGACCUGAUUCGUAAGAGAGUGCGGAUGAUCCGUUUCGAGGGCCAUGUGGGGACGUAUGUCGGCGAUCUUGCUGUCGUGGUGUUCACAGGCAUCAAACAUACGGCGGAUUGGUUCUUGUCGAGCUUCAGGGAGAAUGAGGUGGCAAGCUUUUUCAUUGGCUGGGCGAAGAAACAAGUCGAGUGUUACGCGGAAAUGUUUAGGAAACAGGUGUACAGCUCGGACGCUGACCAGCAAACCAUUGAAGAAGCCAUCAAGAUCACCCAGUCGCAGAGUCGUAGAUCACUGGAGGAGUACGGCAUCGACUUCCGCUUCCUCCUCGAUAAGCUUCUGUUGGCAGAACCGCAAGGCGACUCUGUCCCGCAUCUACCACCCUUCAAACCACACAGGGCGAUCUCACAAGAACUGAUUCACACACUCUCCUCAACGCCGACCCGAUCACGUUCUCCUGCAAAUCCGCCACCUCAGACGGGAGCUUCCAAUGUCCCUCCCGUCCCUCCGCUACCGCAGAUCACCACCACCUCUCCUGGUACUUCGCUCUCACCGUACCCAGGCUCACGGAUAUCACCCGCAUCUCCUCAGCCACGCACCCCAUCAUCAGCUCGCAUCGCUACGCCUUCUCCGCGAUCGCCGUCAGCGGGCUCGCCGCGCGCACUGACCCCGUCGAGGACGCGGCCAGAGGGGAUACUAGGUGAAAUGAGGCGGAACCAACCGAGCCCUGCACCGCCCCCGAGGUCGAGGGAUCGACCGGGGAGUGCUGCUGGUCAUAGGCCCCCGCCUGUUGCUGUGCCACGACGGGAGGGAAUGUUCUGAGCGGCUUCGAUCAGCACGGUGCGGACACACCCCUUCUGGUGGAGCGCUUUGGGUUAGAACGUAGGCACUGUUGCCAAUCGCCUAUACCUUGUAUGUUUCAUAUGUACGACGUCUCCGGGCCUGCGAUUUCGGACCGUAAGUACGGAAUGCAU